CCGGUGAAGGCAUUGAUAUGUUGAUUGGAAAUGAUUUAUACUUUUCAUUUAUCAGAAAGAGUGUUGAUUUGGGAAAUAAUACCUUUCUUGUGGAUUCUGAUUUUGGUUGGUUCCUCGCAGGAAGUGCUACUAACAGCAGGGAAGGGGAGACUCUAUCAGUGGCUACAUAUUGCCAGUGCCAUGAAAUCAAUCAAGACUUUUUUACAGAACCAGAUCUUCCUCUGCGUACCAUAGAUGUCAAAUUUUUAUGGUCACUUGAGAGCAUCGGGAUAUGUGAUUCUCCAAAAACUACAUGUGAGGAAGAAGCCGUCCAGCACUUUAACAAGACUGUCAAAUACAGUGAAGGAAGGUAUCAGGUCAAGUGGCCGUGGAUAGAGUAUCCACCAAAAUUGCCUACUAACUUGGACUUGCCUUUGGAAGAUUAAAGGGUGUAAUACGAAGAUCAAAUAAAGAAGUCAUGACAGAGUAUGAGAAAAUCUUAAACGAACAACUUGAAGCUAACAUAAUAGAAAUUGUGGAUCCUACCAUUCCUGCUGACCAUCCAGUUCACUAUCUACCUUUUCAUAUGGUUCAACAGAAGGGAAAAAGGGGUCGGCUGGUCUACGAUGCUUCAGCUAAGCUGAAAAACGAGAAAAGCUUGAAUGAGUGCUUAUACAGAGGUCCGAAUAUGCUGGAAGACCUUACAGGUUUAAUACUGAAAUUUAGAAUUGGGAAAAUUGCUAUCACUGCUGAUGUUGAAAAGGCUUUUCUUCAGGUUGGUUUACAAGAAGAGGACAGGGAUGUGACCAGGUUUCUCUGGGUCAAAGAUUUAGAAAAGGAACUAUCUGAAGACAAUAUCAUGCAAUAUAGGUUCUGCAGAGUGCCCUUUGGAGUAAUAUCGAGCCCUUUUCUCUUAGCGGCAACAAUUCGAUAUCACAUUUCAAAGACUAACAAAAGUCUUCUUCCUGUGAUAGCAGAUAAAUGUUAUGUAGACAAUUUAGUGACGUCCGUUCAAUCAAGAGAAGAGGCUCUCAAUUUGUAUGCUCAAACUACAAACUCAUUUAAAGAAUUAGGAAUGAACAUACGAGACUGGAUGUCUAACGACAAAGAUUUUGUAGACAAGAUUCCCAAACUAAAGAGAGCAAACAGGAAAGUGAAAUGA